CGGCGAUUCAGGAAGUAAAUCCAUCACAGUGACAGGAACAACAUCACGGGACUGUCUUUGCACUGAGCAGAUUAAUAAAAUAUUACCUGUAAGCGAUCUGUGUACACACCUGUAAUAUAAGACAUCAUGUCUAGGCAGUCGAACAGAGCCACCGACAGCAAGAAAAUGAAUUCAGAAUUAUUCACUCUCACGUAUGGAGCCCUGGUCACUCAGCUGUGUAAAGACUAUGAAAAUGAUGAGGAGGUCAACAAACAACUGGAUAAAAUGGGAUACAAUAUCGGAGUGCGUCUGAUUGAGGACUUCUUGGCUCGGUCCAGCGUGGGGAGGUGUCACGAUUUCCGAGAAACGGCCGAUGUCAUUGCAAAGGUAGCCUUCAAGAUGUACUUGGGUAUCACUCCCAGCGUGACCAACUGGAGUCCUGCUGGAGACGAGUUCUCUCUUAUCCUCGAAAGCAACCCCCUGGUGGACUUUGUAGAGCUUCCUGACAACCACAAUAAUCUGGUCUACUCCAACCUGCUCUGUGGGGUGCUGAGAGGAGCUCUUGAAAUGGUUCAAAUGGCGGUGGAUGUGCGGUUUGCUCAGGACACGCUAAGAGGUGACAAUGUGACAGAAAUUCGCAUGAAGUUCAUUAAAAGGAUCGAGGAGAACAUGCCAGCUGGGGAUGAAUGAGG